CUCCCAGAGUCAUCACUAGGCAUUGGACCUCAUUAGUGCAGUGCAGAGCACAAGCUCUUACCAUCAUGUUUGCGUAAUACAUUGCCUGGCACAAUGUACGCUCAAGCCCGGCUCAUGGUUUUACGUACAGAGAUGGUUGUACACAUGUAUAUACAAGAUGUAAAGGCUUCUUAUGGUUUCAUUUUAAUGCAUUCCCUCUCUUGUACCAGUUGCAAACAAUUUAGUCUAAAUAAUAAAAAAAAACUAAUACUGUAGGUCAGGUUAUAUUUGCGACAGUAAAAACUAAUAAAUAAUUUAUGCAUCAUGGUACUAUCAUGCAUUUCACAGAUCAAGUUUAUAGUUGAAUUAAUGUCUCACUCUCCUUCCAACGUGAUCAUCACAUGUUACUUGUAUCAUGCUUAGCAUUUUUUUAUUGGAACAGUCAUCUCUUGGUAAAAUGAUGCUGCUAGUUUACAUUUUUAUGUUUCUUGCAACAUAAUCCUUAUUUGCAUGUUUAACUUCACUAGCAUCAAGAGGUAGUUACCAGUAAACAGCCCCCGAUAAGCAAAAUUUAAUCCCUCUGUGUAGGGAGGGCCAGAAAAAAAUUUUGUAUACAAGCUGGGGAUUUCCCUUGUAGCAUCUAUACUUUUAGUAUUGGGUUUAGCUUACAUUGUGUGCUAUGGUGGUAUUGCCAGUUAUCACAAGGCAUUAAUUUCUACAGAACUAUUUAAACACCUUAUCACUGUUUUCAUCUCAAUUUGUCCCAGGUGGUUCCUGUGCCAGUAACUGAGGAAAGUGAGAUGCUAGUCUCACUAUAUAAAGAGAGACACGGAUCAUUAGUCGAUCAUAGAAAAAGUAAAGCAAGAGAACUACUACUACAGGUAUACAGAUAAACUUGAAGUACCUCUUUCUCUCUCUUAUCAACUCAACCAAUCUGAACUCAAGUGUGAAGAAUAUCAUGGCCCAAUCUACAACUAUUCAAAGAUUUCUACUGAUGUUUUGCUGUUGCUAUUGCACUUUCGCAGCCCCUCUCAAUGUAAUUAUAAAUCCAGGCGAUGGUAUUAAUGUUGGACCUGUUACUCCGAUAAUGAAUGCUAAAACUGCACUCAAUCUCUUUAUCCAGGCUGAAGAAACCAUGCAGAUGUGUAAAACAAUUGAAGAUAGGAUUAUUGUCCUAGCUAAUGACUCAAGCAUUGAAUUACCUAACUUCAUUAACAAGUAUUGUUAUUUUCAAACUUUUGUUGGCAGCAGUGAUUGCGAUGCCUCAGAUCCAACCAAAUUAAAAGGUGAUCUCCAGACUCUUCUAGAUUCCAGAGCACUUCUGUAUCUUGUUAUUGAAUAUCAAGAGUCUCUUCUGCCCAAUGAUGAUUUCUUCCUUACUUUAUCACUUGGACAGUUUCAAAAUAAACUGGAUGAAUUUAUUUUGUCUUUCAAUACCACUCUUAAUCCUACAAGCAUUAGCUCUUCUGGCGAUGACAAUUCAAAUGGCCUUCAAAUCCCUCCAACUGGCAAUCCUUUUUACCAGCAAAUAACUACACCAACCCCUGGAGGGAAACCUUCUCAUUGCUACAACUGCACAACUCUGGCCGAUCAGUAUCUAAACAUAAAGGAGUUACAUACCAUUCUCCAGGUCACAACUUCUGAUAUAGGUUGUGUAAAAGAUGCCAUAAAUUCUCACAGCACUGAUGACAGCAAUUAAAAAGAAAGGAUGACUGGUUUAAUUG